UCCCGAAAGGCUCAGAAAUGCUCCCCGCGUUUCGUUUCGGUGGCGUGGUAAAGAAGAGGAAGGCGGCCAGCUUAGUUACAGCAGAGGUGACGCCUCCGCGAUUCUGAGAGUCCCCAGCGAGUCGGGCCUAGUGUAAAGACUGGGCGGAACGAACUACUUAUCCCGUCAUGCUGGUGGGCAGCUCCGCGCGUUCCACCCUGGGAGUUGUAGUUUCCUGCUCCUCAGACCAACGGCAACCUCGGUGUGUGAACUCUGUUAACCAGAAGCCCUCGCACUGCCACCGCUGAAGCUGGAAUUCCUCGGUUAAUCGUUCUCGCCCGCAAUUAGCGGAACCUGUUCGCGUGGCUCACGAGGCUCAGCGGGGCUUCGCAAGAUUCGUUGCUACCCUGAGGCCCCCACCAUGCCUCACAUCGACAACGACGUCAAAUUGGACUUCAAGGAUGUCUUGCUGAGGCCCAAACGCAGUACCCUUAAGUCUCGAAGUGAGGUGGAUCUCACAAGAUCCUUUUCAUUUCGCAACUCAAAGCAGAUGUACACUGGGAUCCCCAUCAUUGCUGCCAAUAUGGAUACUGUGGGCACUUUUGAGAUGGCCAAAGUUCUCUGUAAGUUCUCCCUCUUCACUGCUGUCCAUAAACACUACAGCCUCAAGCAGUGGGAAGAGUUUGCGAGCCAGAAUCCUGACUGUCUUGAGCAUCUGGCUGCCAGCUCAGGCACAGGCGCUUCUGACUUUAAGCAGCUGGAACAGAUCCUGGAAACUAUUCCUCAGGUGAAAUAUAUAUGCCUGGAUGUGGCAAAUGGCUACUCUGAACAUUUUGUUGAAUUUGUCAAGGAUGUACGGAAGCGCUUCCCUGAACACACCAUCAUGGCAGGGAAUGUGGUGACAGGAGAGAUGGUGGAAGAGCUGAUCCUCUCUGGGGCUGACAUCAUCAAAGUGGGAAUUGGACCAGGCUCUGUGUGUACCACCCGAAAGAAAACUGGAGUGGGGUAUCCACAGCUCAGUGCAGUGAUGGAGUGUGCAGAUGCUGCUCAUGGCCUCAAAGGCCACAUCAUUUCAGAUGGAGGCUGUAGCUGUCCUGGGGAUGUGGCCAAGGCUUUUGGGGCAGGGGCUGACUUCGUGAUGCUGGGUGGCAUGCUGGCCGGGCACAGUGAGUCAGGUGGUGAGCUCAUCGAGAGGGAUGGCAAGCAGUACAAACUCUUCUAUGGAAUGAGUUCUGACACAGCCAUGAAGAAGUAUGCUGGGGGCAUUGCUGAGUACAGGGCCUCGGAGGGAAAGACGGUGGAGGUGCCCUUCAAAGGGGAUGUGGAACAUACCAUCCGUGACAUACUUGGAGGCAUCCGUUCCACAUGUACCUAUGUAGGAGCAGCUAAGCUGAAGGAGCUGAGCCGGAGAACCACCUUCAUCCGUGUCACCCAGCAGGUGAAUCUAAGCUUCAGUGGUGUGAGCUAGGCUUCAGCAGUUCAGUUCUGCCCUCCAAGUCACCAGCACCAAACCAUAGGGCCUCCCAAGCGGGCCCCUCACCAUCCCAGCUACUAUGACUAUCACUUGAUCAUCUCACUCCUGAGAUUUCCUGCAAUAAUGCUAUACUUCUCUAUCUGCACCCGCAAAAUACCCAGGGCGCUUACUGGGGAGGAAGCAAGGAAGGCAGGCUGAGAAAAUGAAGUUAAGAUAAUCAAAUGGGAAUCUGGGGACCCAGCUCCUGAAGAUUAUUAAAAGAAGAAGAUACUGAUUCAUACAACUGUUUUAUAUAUGGCUGUGGUCUUUGGAAGUAGGCUUUUAAAAUCAUGUUUUGCUAAUCAGCUUCAUUAAAUAGGAUCUUUGAAUAUCUGAAAAGCUCUGAAGUGUUAUCAUUUUUAAAAUUUCCCUAUAAAGAGAGAUCCCGAUGACUGUAAA